AUGUCAUGCGUCCACUACAAGUUCUCCUCCCAGCUGAGCUAUGAUACGGUCACCUUCAGCGACCUCCACAUCGCCCUGUGCGACCUCAAGCACCAGGUCAUGGGCCGCGAGAAGCUGAAGGCGACCAACUGUGACCUGCAGAUCAGCAAUGCCCAGACCAGCGAAGAAUACACAGAUGGUAAUGCCCUGAUUGCUAAGAACUCAUCGGUGAUCGUUUGAAGAAUCCCUGUUGGAGGAGGCAAAGGUACCAGCAAAACCUAUGUUGGAAGUCGAAGGGAGCCAGUGAGUGGACCAUCAAAAACAAUUGAUGACUCUUCUGCAUCUAUUUCUCUGUCCCAGCUUAUUAAGACUGCCAAUCUGGCUGAAGCCGAUGCUUCCGAGGAAGAUAAAAUAACAGCGAUGAUGAUACAGUCUUGCCAGGAAUAUGAUCCAAUCAAUUACAUGAAGAAAGCCUUGGGUCCACCUCCACCAUCUUACACUUGCUUCUGUUGUGGAAAACCUGGCCACUAUAGGAAGAACUGCCCAACACAUGGGGACAAAAAAUUUGAGUCUGUUCCCAGAGUUAAAAAGAGCACAGGAAUUCCCAGGAGUUUCAUGGUGGAGGUGAAAGAUCCCAACACCAAGGGUGCUAUGCUGACAAAGAGUGGAAAAUAUGCAAUACCAGCUAUUAAUGC